GUCAAGUGGGGAGUGGCAGCGCCGGAGUUCGAACUCGCGCUGAGCUCUGGGCAAGGCGUCGCAGAGCCGAGAUGAGCCAGUCUUUGGUUUGCCCCGAGACCGUGAGCAGGGUGAGUUCUGUGCUUCAUCGCAACAGCCGGCAGUUUGGGAAGAAACAUCUUUUUGACCAGGAUGAGGAGACGUGCUGGAACUCUGACCAGGGCCCCUCCCAGUGGGUGACACUCGAGUUUCCCCAGCGUGUUCACGUCACACAGCUGCAGGUGCAGUUCCAGGGCGGCUUCUCCAGUCGCCACAGCUGCUUGGAAGGUUCAAAGGGCGGGGGCACCCUCAGCAAGAUUGUGGACCUCUACCCUGAGGACAGCAACGCUCUUCAAACCUUCUCCAUCCCCACUGUAGAGGUGGAUCGACUGAAGUUGACCUUUGAGGACACCACCGACUUUUUUGGCCGUGUGGUCAUCUACCACCUGCGGGUGCUGGGUGAGAAAGCAGUGUGAGAGCUAUUGGCGGCCACCUCCUCCAGGAAGCCCCCCUGGGAGGCACCUGGAAGCCCUUCAAGAUCUCCACAGAUUUAUUGGUUCUUGUUGGGGAAGGCCCCUUUCCCACCACUGUUCAGGAGCUGCCUCAAGCCAGUUGUGGGCAGACUGGUUUGUUCCCUGAGUGCCUGGGUUCCCAACAGGCCGUCUUCACUCGGGGUCAGCAGGCCCGAGGGUACUCUGGAACAGUUUGAGGAUGUGGCUCUCCAUCACCUGUUGCACUGUGGGAGGAGGUAUGAGUAGGGCAGGGGCCUGGAGAGGCUGCUCAGGAGGCCAUGAGCAGGGGUGAAGGAGACCCCGGAGGGGCUCAGCCCAGAGGCUGGGACCCUUCACAAGUGGUCUCUGCUCCAGCUGGGCAGGGUGGGGCAGAGCUCCCUGGAGAAUCGGCUGUUUUAAGACAAGGCCUCCCGGCUUCUCUCGACUUCCUGCUUCACACCCACUCCUGCUCUUGCUCCCCACUCAGUCAGAGCAAUACCAGACCCUCAGUCAGUGUGGCCACACAACUGUAGCUCUCCCACCUCCAGAACCAUGAGUCUAAAUAAAACUUUCUAUCUUGUA